AUGCCGACCCCUACAAUUCUCUAUCAGUCCCUCAAAAGGAAGCAUCAUCUUGUGUCGCUGGUGGUUGUUGUAUCGCUAGUUCUCAAGGUGCAAAUUGUCCUGGCCCCAGGCCUGUACAGUCUCGCAGGUAUCUCAAGCAUGCAACAAAUGGACUUGGAGAUUCUCGACUCAUUCAACCCGAACAUGACGACCUCAAGCAUGGACACUCGCCCAUGGUACCUUGCUACGGCACUCCGAGAUUUCAAUUUGCGUCGCCCAUUUGGUGUUACCGAGGAUCAUGCAUUCCAGACAUUCAACACUCCAAACGGACCAAGUAGAGGGACAGUUUCCGCGCCGAUAAGCGUCACUGUAGACGGAUAUUUCACUGAUGUCAAGUGCUUGAAACUUGAGUCUUGGCGGUCAUCGAAGCUCGUGGUAACUCAGGAUGCUUUGACAGAGGAGCCAACUAUGCGUUCCGGCCUGUACACGGUUGACCUUGAGCUCACUUUCCAGGGCUGCAAGGGCCCAAUCUCACUGAAGAACCAGAGAAUUCAUUGGAUCAAUCAUACCGGAACAAAUGAUCCACGGGAAUGGCUGGGGAUAUGGCAAGUUAUCGACGUUGGCCUCGAGGAGCAGAGACCUUGCCCAAACUUGCCACAAACAAACAUUCAAACGCUAUAUUACGCCACCAGAAUCAACUCGUCGUCACCAGACUUGGUCAGCAUGGCGGCAGUUCUUUGCACGUCCGCAUCUUGGAUAUCUCAAGUGCAACUCGUUGACGAUGGAAUGAAUCCAGUCACAUCGGCGGUUUCUGGGGCAGAUAAAACACUCAUCACUACAGAUUUCUUUCAGUUGAUGUCGAAAUCCCCUCCCGAGGGGAUUCCCAACUACUAUCCAGGAGGCUGGUGCCCGGAGCUGUCCACCGACUCGGUCUGCGGGCCUGUCGACGCUGCAAUUCGACUGCUUAGUGUCAGACUCGGCUACCCCGACUACUCCGAUGACUUGCGUCAGCCCCCCAACGAUAUUUCACUAUACUCAACUGAUGCUCUGUACAACCUCACCAUGGAAAUCGCCAACCUCGAGAAUCGUUUCAACAUGACUGAGCACUCUAUGGAUCGAGAACCGCCUUCGAACGGCCUCCCACCGAUAGAGGCAACCGUCACUGACAAUGGACGAUACCGCCUGGUACAGCAUCCCGGCAUCACUUACGCGCUCGUUGCCAUACUCUCGCUGGUAACCCUCGUCAACCUAUGGUCCCUCAUCGGCGCCGCCUCUCGCCGGUUUCUUGGGAAGAAAUUGCCCGCCACCACUAGUUUCAAAGGUCUGGCCCCCGAUGGCUUCAACAGCAUGGCAGCUAUGGGCUCUCUCAUACGCGACUCGAAUGUGUUUCGCCAUCUGCCAGAAGGAUCUGAGGUCUUACCAAAGGAAGAACUAUACGAUAGGAUGUCUGAUUUGAGCUUACGCAUGGGUUGGUUCUACAGCAGAGAGGCCAAGAAGAGGAUAUACACGAUCGGAGUAGUGGGAGAUGAUGACUUUGUAUUUCUCGCCAGUAAGAAUGAGUCGGUCAAGGAAAGAGAAGAGCAUGGGCAGGAGAACGAGUGA